CCCCCCUGCGUGUCCUCUCUUAGAGGACGACGCGAGCGAGCGAGCGGAGAUUUCGAGAGCGGGAGUCGAGGAGGGAAGGAAAAGGGCCACGCGAAGGACCGGGGCGCUGUGAGAGGCCACGUGGGGAGUGAGUGGAAGGAGGAGGUGGACGAGAGCGGAGGGUGGCGGGAGAGGGUUCUGCUGCUGGAGAGAAGCGAUCAUGUCUCCUGCGCGCGGUCUAUUGCUGGCCUGCCUCCUCUGUCUUCACGCGCAAUCGGGCUCCGCAGGGAGGGUCACGAACGGGGACCGUGCCCUCGCCAAUGCAGGCGGCCGUCUCGUGCCGUACUACGGCCGCACCGAUCCAGAGCAGCUGUGCCGGCUGAUGAAGUGCCGGAAACCUGCGGGAUCCGUGUGCCACGUGGUGACCACGGAGAACGGCACACGCAUCCCCAAAUGCAUGUGUCCUAAGACUUGCCCCGGCGAGCAGAAGGCUGUUUGCAGCGCGUACGGGCGGCAGUACGACAACGCGUGCCUGCUGUACAAGGAGGCGUGCAGGAGGCGCAGACGAAUCGGCAUCUCCUACUACGGCGAGUGCAUAGCCAGGCAGGGCGCGUGCUCGGACGCCGAGGGCGGCCAGUUCCCGUUCCGCCUGCUCGAGUGGUUCCUGCACCUCAAGGAGAUCGACGCAUUCGGCACCGUCGACCCCAGCUCCUCGCAGGCGACGCUCGACAAGCAGCAGCGCACGCUGCUCGCCGCGUGGAAGUUUGCGACGCUGGAUCGCGAGGGAGACGGCGAGCUGAGCCGCCGUGACAUCAAGGACCUCCGCUUUCGCCUCAUGCCCCUCGAGCACUGCGCCGAGCAGUUCUUCCGGUCAUGUGACAAGGACGACGAUAAGAUGAUCUCGGAGGAGGAGUGGACAAGCUGCCUGGUGGAGCGAUCUGAGAGUUGGUACGAGACCUUCAUGUCAAAGAAGAUGGGUCCAGGCGGGGAGUGGAUCGAGUCGUGAGGGAGCUGUCGCCGAGCUGAGCGAGGGAUCCUCUGCAGCGUGCCGCUCGCCCCCUCGUCCAGCCCCUGUGUGUGACCCCCACCCCCCCACCCCCCUCCCCCCACAACCAUUCACCUCCUCCGCCGUUUUCCUGCACACCGCCCGCUCGCACACUCUGCUCGAGGAGAUGCUAGCCCAGUGGUCUUCAUUGCCAGGUUCCGCGGGGCCACUGGCGGGCCCCUGGUGGCCUUUAGUGCGGGCCUCUGACGUCUUGUCGGCGAAAGUGGGCCCCCUCUGAAAACGAGCGAAGAACGCUGCUCUAUAGCCCCUCGGUUUGAACAACAGGCAAGUUGGGCAAACUUCUAAAAAUUCCCAGUCCCCACUGCCUCCGUCCACCCAGCAGAGUCAUAAUGGUUUGCGCCGCAGAUAGUCGAUCGGCAGGUCGCGUAUGGCGGGGUAAAGUGUGGGUACUCUCACCUUUUUCCAAGGCGCCUUGGACGGCGUGGAAGAGUAGGCCAAAAGCAGCCUCGGGCGGAGCUGUCUAGAGCUCCCUCUGGUGGAGGUCCUUCUGCCGGCAGUAUGCGCGAGCGAGCAUUUGCAGGGGCUGCGCCUUCACCUGCAACUUCGAGCAUUCAGUGACGCCCAUCUUCAUCGGUGGCCCUGAGCCAUUGGUAGUAAUUCCACGUGCCUAUGACUGAGAGCUCAUUGCAUUCAUUGAGUGACCACUCACUGUUGACUUCCCCACGCAAACGGUGGUGUUUGUGACUUUAUCGACACACCCCCCCAUCCCCCCCCCCCCCCCCCCCGGGAUGAACCAUGGGCUUGUAGUCUCCCGACGAAUCGGCCCCUGGUUUUAAAUACAUCUUCAUGCACCGGCAGGAAUCCCGGGAGAGAGCAGGGCAGCUGGAAAUCCUUUGGUCAGCCGACUUCUAAACUGAGGCGCCAGAUUUGUGGAGGUGUCAAGACGCAAACCCGCCUUCGCCAACUCGACGGAGAUCUGCUCGACCCUCAGUGUAAUCCAUUCAAUCCGCGUUGCGUUCGAAGCUGGGAUGUAGACAAAGACAAAAAUCCCCCGGAUAGCCUCAACAGACAAUUUUUUUUUUGGUUUGGCGUAGGGUAGCACGUGCUGUUGGCGAGCUCGGUGUAGGCACACCCGCUCCCCAACGCGCACUCCCGGAUAUCGGCAGCGCAACAUAGGCACACACUUUUCCCUGGCGGAGGCAAAGACGCACGCUCUGAUAGCCCCUGCUCGAGACGCGAGUUGUUUUUUGUGCGCGUCUUUGGGUAACCGCUCGGCUGUGUGCACGGCAAACGAUGGUGCGGCCCCACCCGGUGGCAUUUGAAGUGUCGUUUAGUGGUGUUACUGACAUCUCGCCACAAUGGCGAGAUGUUAACUACCUCGCCUGGUAUACAGGAGGUCCGUGGGUUUCGAUCUGACGCAUGCUGUAUAUUUAGAGU